AUGAAGAUUCUGGUGAAGCCAAUUAGAGGCUUGAUACAUGAAGGAGCUGGUGGUGUGGCUUGCAUUAUUCCAGAGGCCAAACCACUUUGGUUGGUCGGCCGUGCCACCGAUGAGGAGCUCUUUAUUUGGAGCGCCUGGGAGAUCUUGGGGACCGACCUGGCUUCCUUCCAGCGCGUUUCAGCCCUGCUGCCCUGUGGCCUGGCAGUGCUGGGGAUCUUCUACCCCCAUGGAGCUGUCACGCAGCUCCACAGUAGGCUGCCUGCUUUGCGGUUGAGUGCGAGCGAGGAGGACGGGGUACUGCACGGUCAAGUGGCUGGCACUGAAGUCAGAGAUUGGAAGGUUGCGCAGCCCUCUGAUCUCUUAAUCCGCGCGUCUCUUGAAGUGUCCCUGCCACCAACAGAAGCUGUCAGCACGCUGAAGUCGAUGAUUCGCGAUGCAAGGCAGCUACACUUCCGCUUUCCUGGCUCUACGCUGUUGCCCACUCUUUCAGAUCUGAGAAGCCUUGCAGUGGGCCCGACAGUCUCGGUUGUACCCAAUGGAAAGGAAGUGGUGGUGGAAGUGUUUUCAGAAGAUUUUGGGGCUUCUGGCUGCUCCAACUUCCUGGAUUUCACUUCAUCAGUGCCUUUGACUCAGCGCAUGGAUUUUGCGGCUUAUGUUCCGCAGAAUGCGCCAGUGGCGAAAAUGGCCGAGGAAUUGGUGGAAGCUGCUGUCCAACAACUCAAUAUUCUUCUGGCAGCUCAAGACUCACUGGGUGACGAUAGAAAUCUUAGCGUCCGCUGCUUUUUGCCAGAGCUUCUGGGUCAUGCAGUGUGCUUGAGGGGAACCGAGGAUCGCAGUGUUCGACAAGAGCUGCACAGACUACUCAGACUUCCAGAGGAGCCACUACUAGUCCCAGAUGCUGCCCUUGCGCUGCCUGGUCAGGCCCUAGCUCGGGCCAGUGGCAAACCGAUGAAUCCUCAUGCGGAAUGUGGAUUGCAGCCUGCUUGGUGGAAGGGAGGUGAAACGACCCAGAGAGCUUUUGUGCGAGGGCUGUAUGAAUACAACCAUUACAUGCAGGACAACUUUGAUGACAAUGGCUGGGGCUGUGCUUACCGAUCAUUGCAGACAUGUGUAAGUUGGUACCGCAUGCAGCACUACAGCACAGAAGGUGUCCCCAGCAUACCGGAGAUACAACGCUUGCUGAAGUGCAUCGAUGAGGCCCACAAAGAUUUGGAGAUAGGGAGCAAGAAGUGGAUUGGCACGGUGGAGGGCAUGUACUUGUUGCAGGAAUAUUUGAAGGUGGAUUGCAAACUGAUGUACUGCCAAGACUGUGCAGACAUGGCGAGCCAAGCCCCACAGAUGCUUCAGCACUUGGAGACUGAGGGUACGCCUAUCAUGAUGGGUGCAGGAAUGUAUGCAUAUACCCUGGUUGGCUUGUGCUUUGAUUCUGCCUCCGGUGAUGUGGCUUACUUGAUCGUGGAUCCCCAUUACACUGGCAAGGAUGACCUGAAGCCGAUCCUUUCCAAGGGCUGGGUUGGUUGGAAGACCCUUGACUUCGGCCUGGUGAUCCAAGCAUGCUGGAGAGGAGCGUGGGAGCAAGCGGUGCAGCUGUUGGAGAUGGCAGGGGAGCAGCAGUUGCCGCUAGACUCCAAAACCUAUGCCUCUGCAAUGAGGGCGUGCUUGGAACCUUCAAGACCGCGGCUGAAAGCUGCAGAGCAUGCCAUGUCUUUGUAUGAUGACUUCCUUCAGUCCACCGAGCCCCCAGGCAUCAAGUUCUUUGUGACAGCAGCAGCGGCCUGUGAGGCGAUGAUCGCUCUGGGGCGUUUUCAGCAAGUGCGAGAUGAAAUGAGCUCAAACUUGCAGUCCGACUGGGUGCAAUGCGUUCCUCCUGGCAGUGAUGUUGUGGAGUUCUUGCUAGAGUUUGCCCACCGGCGGGCCUCCAGAGGUUGCGAAGUGAUUGUGGUGUCCAAUGCCUCAGAGGUGGUGAGCGCGGUGGAGGGCAAAGUAAGCUGCUUGGCUUUCAUGUUUGUGGAUGACGAGCUCUUGAUGCCGGGUUUGCGGCGAAGACCCGUGGUAGACGCAGAGGUGCCACUGUGCUCCGCAGCUCCUGGAGGCACGAAGUGCGCAUGGAAGUUUGUACUCUUGUACAUUGUGGUCCUUUCAUCCAUGGGGACCUGUGCAAGCUUCCCGGUCGGGCCAGAUGAAUGGUCUUGGCCAAAGGCGAUGUCAACAGCAUGCUGCAUGGAUUCCCGGGCUUUGCUGCUCCUGCGUUGUUUGCUGGCGGUCACCUACGUGGGCCAUGCCUGCUACGACAUAUACACAUACUAUGAUAGUGGUUACUACUGGAUGUUCUUGACGCAUAUCUCCUUGUGGUGUCAAGUUGUUUGCAGCGUCUGCCUGGUCACUGCAACGAUGACUGGCAUGAGAGCGUUGAGAAACGACUGGCCGACAGAGAAGUCUGAGCCUUUAAUUUGUCGAGUUGCUCUCGCCUUGUUCUCCCUGCAGUUACCGUUGUCAUUCAUGGUGGUGACAAUGUACUGGUCCCUUGAGCAGCCGGUCUGGGACCUUCCUGCAGGCUAUCACUCCUCUUAUGAGAACUUGUACGUCCACGGACUUCAAAGCAUCGGAGUCUUGGUGACCUUUCUCUUUGGGAGAAUUCCCUUUCGGGUGAGGCAGUGGGUUUGGCUCAUGCUGUGCGGUGUCGUCUACUGCACCUGGACUUAUUUGCACUUUUUGUUGCGUAUUGGAAAUUUUGGCGGCUGCCCCAAGUACCCCAGAGAUGAGUGCCCCAUCUAUGCAGUCUUCGACUGGCACAAAGGCUUGCAUACACUGAUAUUGGGCUGCAUGCUGAUUUUGGUGGCUUGUCCUUUAGUGAUGUCAAUUUUCUGGCUGCUUGGCUGGGUGCGAGACUGGCUGGACAAGCCUCACUCAGGGCAAUUUGAGGCUGAUGAACAGGCUGAUGAACUGUGUCGCGGGCAGUGCAAGCUUCUUGUGAGGUCACUCUUCUCUCUGACAAUCUGUUGCAAGAUCCGCUGCUGGAAGCGGCAUAGCAUGUCACAGCUGCAUGACAAGCCAAGCAUGCUGCAGCACACCGUGUGCACCCUCAUCAAUCACUAUAUAGUCCGCUUGUUGGUUUGUUUAUGGCAUCACCUCAAUUGGGUGUCAUCCAACGGAAAUCCUAGCGGUCCUUGUCGUGGGAUUGCAGGAGCCAAGAAAACCCUACGUGGAGGACUCCUCGGAGGAGUCGUCUGAAAGUGAAGGGCCUUGCUAACUUGGUGACUCGUCAGUCGAGUCCUCUGAAAGCAAGGCUGCAGCGGAGCCCUGGAAGCCACCAGGCACACCCAGGUUUCCACUUCAUGACGCUCAGGUGGCUUGACCCCCAAUCUUCUUGUACUACAGAGCCGUUCUUGUAGCUCGGGGCGGCCAGAAGUGCCGCUGGACCCAUUUUAAGCGAUGCAAUGCCAAUCGUGAAGAGCAGCCACUCCGACCUGAGGAG